AUGGAGACCGACGCGCUCCCGCUCGAGCGCGGCGGCGUGGAGAUGGCGCCGAUCCUGACGCCGCCGCCCGCGCCGCCGCACGCGUCGUCCGACUCGUCCUUCCACUCGCCCGCGCCCCAGAAGCAGCAGCUCAUGCGCCGCGUGCGCAGCGUGCAGGACGCGGCCAAGCACGGCCUGCUCCUUGGCGCCCAGGGCCGCAGCCGCAGCCGCCCGGGCGAGUACGGGGCCGCCCUGCUGCUGGAGGUGCUGGUCAAUGGCACGUCGGGCGUCAUCGCCUUCCUGCUGUCCUCGACGCUGGCCGUGUCCUGCGCCAGUGUUCUAGUGGGCCACGGGACGCCCCUGGCUUCCGUCAUCGCGCACUUCAUCGACAUGAACCUGCUGGGCACCGCCGUCCUGUCCGUCGUGCUGGCCUGGCAGAGCUGCGCGCCCUGGACCUUGGGCGCCAUUGACGUGUUCGUGGCCCCCGUGAUGGCCGAGAUGGCCCAGAAGAUCUCCGACCACCUGCACGGAGACCUGGACAAGGUGGUGCCCACGACGGUCAUGAUGGUCGCCAUCACGUCCAUGGUGCUGGGGGUCGUCUUCUUCCUCAUGGGGCUCUUCCGAGUCACGUCCAUCGCCAACUACAUGCCGUACCCGGUGAUCGCGGGCUUUCUGUCGGGUAUCGGAGCGGAGUUGAUGAAGAACGGAGUGCACAUGGCCUCCAGUAAGGCGCUGACAGCGGCCUUCUUCACGUGGGACGUGCAGAUGCUGCUGCUGCCGGCCGUGGCCUUCGCCGGCUUUGCCAGACUCGGACAGUACCUGAAGUUCCCCGUGGCCAUCUCGUUCCCAUGUCUGCUGGCCAUGUCGCUCGUGGGCUUCCAAGUCAUUGCGACGUUGUAUGACGCGAGCAUGGAGAAGCUGGGCAAGGAUGGCUGGGUCUUCUCGUGGGAUCCCGUCGUGGUGGCACAGACGCCCAUGUGGUAUCCCUGGGCUGAGAUUGAUUUCAAGCAUGUUCACUGGCACACGCUGACGAACGAAUGUAUGGGAUUCAUGAUCUCGCUCGUGAUUCUGGGCGCGUUGAAGUACAGUGUGGCUACGACGUCAUUGUCGACGCUCUUUGGACGGGAUAUCUCGCCGGAUAACGAGAUGCGCGUGAUCGGACUGGCCAAUCUUGCGAGCGGGUUCAUGGGGUGCUGCGGUGGCUGCCACUACCUCUCUGCGAUGGGCAUCAUGAAGCAGUUCGAGGCUCACGAGAAAGUGCCCGCGCUGGUGUGCGCCUUCCUGAUCGUGGUCUUGUGGAUGGUGGGGAUUCGCCUGCUCCAGUUCGUGCCCAAGUUCAUCUUCGGCGGGUUGUUACUCAGUGUGGGGCUGCACUUCCUGGAGGCGUACUUGGUCACCCCUUUCCACUUUCUCAAGCCUAUUGAGAAGGCAACGGUUGUGCUCAUUACGUCGAGUUUCCUGAUCAUUGGAAUGCUGGAGAGUGUGGCGAUGGGGAUCAUCAUCUCCAUGGUCGAGCUGAUCUGGCGUAUCCACGAUGUGGGCUGCGUCCACCAUGAGACGACUGGAGCGCUGACCCGUAGUGCUGUGGACCGCACGCCCGAGCAGACGGCGUUCCUGGACGCUGAAGGGAGCGCCAUCUUCGUGCUGCGUCUGCAAGGGUACCUAUUCUUCGGCACAUCUGUCAACAUCCUCGAGCGGAUGGAGACGCGCGUUCACUCGCUUGACUUCCCCAAACUGCAGUACGUGAUCAUCGACUUUGGACUCGUCCCAAGCUUCGACGCUACAGCGCUGCUAAAUUUCCGCAAGGCAUCCACACUCGCAGACAUGUACAUGUUCGACAUCUACUUCUGCGGGUUGAAGCCGGAGAUCGAGCUCGCACUGCGUCAGAACCACUACUCGCAGCGCGUGCAUCUGCUGAGUAGCGAUGUGGACAUCGCCCUGGAGAUCUGCGAGAACGAGCUGCUCCCCGACCACAUCUGCAGCGCCCCCGUAACACCUCGAGUCGGCAAUUCUCUCUCGGACUGGAAGCGCAAGAGCCAACUGGAACUCUGGGAGAGCUUCAUGGCCGCAUCCCCCGAGCACGACAGCAGUGCGAGCUACCAGAAGCUACUCCCGUUGUCCGCGUACCUGGAUAUCGUCGUGGUGCCCAAUGGCUCGCAGCUCGUACCGGAGCGGCUACGAGAUGACACGUACUUCAUCUGCUUCGGGUACAUGAACUUCGUCAUGGACUCGGAGUUUUCAAACGCCCACAACAUCCCCGGUGUCCGCUACUCUGAAGCUGGCGAGAUUGAAGUUUUCAACCCUCGUAAACUGUCGUUCGUGGUGCCCGAGGAGUCUCAGUGGACGCCGUUCACGACCGCGAAGUCGCGGCUGCUGAAGAUCGGCCCAGGCUCCGUCAUUACGCCCAACGUCGCUGGCAUGGACCCAGAGUACAAGUACUUUGCCACGUCCGACUGCGUGGUGUUGAGGCUGCGUGCAGCGGCUAUGGAGGCGCUGGAGGCGCGGGCUCCCCACACGGCAGUGGCGGUACUCAAGCUCAUCAACGUGCGCUUAGCGUCUCGCUUCCGCCACUCAAGCAAGCGCGUCUCACAGAUGUCGUCUCUGCUCUACAAGUAG